AUCUGACAUCCAACAGACCUGCAAUUUGCCAGAAAUUAAUUCAUCAGCGGUAGAACUAUCGUCUGAAGAUGAAGAUGAAGAUGACAAGUCCCAUGCUCGUUCGUGUUGUUUUGAUGAUGGCGACACUUUGUGCAGUCGGCGAUGCUCAGGCAGCGGGAUGUCCUCAACUUCCACAACAGUGCUCGUACAUUCAGCAAGUCGUGUGUGAUGGCACAACUCACUGGUUCUCCGGCAAGUAUCAACACGCGGAUAUGGAUCUGGCAUCGCUGCGAUACUCCAUCAGUUACAAUGGCAAAAGGAACAUCGUUGUAUCCACUUGCAACACCGCCAACUUAGACACACAACUGGCUCUUUUUGACUGUGCUGCGUUAUCUCAAGUUGAAACAGCUGCGAAUGGGACAUGCGGCAAAUACAUCGAGGACAGUCUGUACGACAAUGACGACGCUGCCGGGUGCUGCUUGACCUCUAAACUCAAGAUCCUUGUAGGCGAGCUAGAAAGUGGGACGUACAUAAUAGGUGUGUGCUCGUAUGACGGUAAUGGCGGGGGCUUUACAGUCACCAUCUUUUGUUAGAGAUGCCAUGGCCCAGCGUAAUGAAACUGAGAGUGACUUGCUCAAGACCAGCAAAGUUGCUUAAGACUCCAGUUUUAUGGCCAGAUUUAUUCCAGAAUAUAUUAAGCUCAUAAGCCAACACAGUCACAGAUUUAUUAAAUGCAAAAAAAAAUUAUCAAGUUGAAAUGACGAUUGUAUCUCUUCUUAAGUCAUGAAUAAAAUGUCUACUGCUUUAAAA